AUGAAGCAGCAACUUACAUUGAAUUGUUUUGAAGAAUUAAAAAAAUAUUUUCAUGUAAACGAAACUAUUGAAAUAAUCAUCGAAAUUAUUGAACAAGAAAUACAAAAUUUACCAAAAUUUCUUAUUGAAAAUAUCUUGAAAUACGUUAAAUCAUCAUCAUGGAACAAAGACAACCAAAUGAAUUUAUUUCGGAUGAGUAAAUCAUUAAUUAAAAAUAAGCAACUCAGUUUAAAAGAUAUUCCAAAUAUUGGAGAAUUAAUUGACAAUUACAAAUCUUAUGGGGAUGAGAUUUUUGAUUUACUAUUUCUUGAAUAUCAAAAUGGAAAUGAAAUUCCAGAAGAGAUCAUUCUUAAAGUUAAAACAGCUGGAAAAACCAAUGAAUAUGCGCAAAACUUAAUCAAAGUAAUAGAAAAAACUCCUACAGACAUUGAUGUAUUAAAAAAUCCAAGGAAUAAUUUAAAAGAACGAAAAACUGCUUUAGAAAAUAUUAUUCAAAGCCAACAAAAUUAUAUAUCAAGUGCAGUGAAAUUAUUAGAAUCACUAAUUAAAUUUGAUACAAACUUAAGAAUCGAUGCAUUUAAAGCAUUGAUCCCAAUAUUACCAAAUAAUUUCAGUCAAAUACCGGAUCUCAAAAUUGAUUUAAUUGAAAUUGGAACAUGUAUUGAAGACGACGAGAAGAUUUCUAUUGAUGAUUUGACUCGUUUGAUUCAUAAAGAUAAAAUGAAUGAAAAUUUAGCUGGAAUUCUACCAAUAAUUAUCAAUCGAAUUUUAAGUCCUCAGGCUUCUGUUGAUGAUGCUAAUCAAGCUUUGGAAUUAUUAACGGAGAUAUCUGGUGUAAAACAAAAUGAAAAAUCCAUUUGCGAUAAAUUGCAAUACUUGUUGAGUAUUGCCUUUAAUACAACGAAUAAAAAACUUCGAGAAAAUAUUGUUGCAAUUAUUCAAAAUUCAGUAGAUGAAAAUGAACAGAAUAACAUUCAAAUUUUGAAAGAUCAAAUGGAAUCUUCUUUAGCUGAUGAAUUACGUGAACUUGUGAUUUUACAAACAUUAAAACUUGAUGGAAAUUCAUUGAAGAAUUUGAAAAAAAGUGUUCAACAGGGAUGUGCAAUAAGUGAAGAUAAAGUGAAUAUAUUAAUUGAUACUUUGAUGAAUUUUGAUCAACAAGGACAAAAGCAAUAUGUCUACACAGAGGUUAGUGAAAUAUUAUUUGAAAUAAACCUUCGACAAGGUCUCAACAAUGCGAAUAUCAACCGAAUAAGUCAAAAUUCAAAAUUACUGAACUUCGUUGAUGUUAUCGGUAUUCUGGCUAUUGCUUUAAGUCGAAAUAUACAAUUUCCAGAUCAAAUCAUACAAAAUUUCUGGAAACAAUUUUCGUCAAUCGAUCAGAAAUUAAAAAAUUAUUUAAUUUGUGCAACAGCAGCAGUUGUCACUCAACAGAAACCGGUACCGAUAAACAUAUUGGAAAAAAUUGGACAUUUUCUAACUGACAAAGCAGAACCAAUUGAAACAAGAAUUCUUUGUGCAAAAAUCUUAUCAAAAGGAUUAAAACAAACUUCAAACUAUUCUCAAAUAAUAUCAAUUAUGACUUCAUUGAAACAAGUUGCAUUAGAAGCGCGAAAUAACCCAAAUGAGGAUUUAUUAAAUAAAUUAGUAUUUGAAAUUUUAGAAAAUCAUUUAGAGAGUGAAUUUUUAAAACAAUAUUAUAUCCAAUUUAAAGCACGACUUGGUAAUUCGAUUGAAGAUUUGAAACCAUUAGAUGAAUUUAUUUUCGGGAAUCAAAAUGUUCGUGAAAAAUUCCAUCUGCUCUGUGCACUCAAUAACACAUUGUUCAAUCGAGAAAGAAUUGAUCCGAAUAUUUUUAAACAAUUUCCUGCAAAUGAAUGGCGAAAAGAAAUUUUGUCUAGUGACUUAUUAGCCGGAACAUUCAAAUUAAUGAAUCUCGAUGAUGGUAUCAAUGAAUUUGAAUUAGAGAAAUUUCGAAAUAAUAUUCGUUUAAUAAACGAUUUUAUUCUUACACUUGAUCCAGAAAUCUAUCCAAUUGAAAAUUUAUUACAAACAUUAAUUGAUCAGCAAACUUUAUAUCAACUCCGUCUUGAAAUAAUCAAUGAUAUUUUACUAAUGUUAUUUGAAUCAAACGCGACAGAAGCAUUGGAUAUUGUACAACAACAACAAGAGCAAACUUUUUUUGUUCAACUACGUGAGUUAUGGUUAGAUAAACGAUUGACAGAUUUUGGUAUUGAAUUUACCAAUGAAAAUUUAAGAGAAUUCAAUGCCUAUUUACCAUAUAGACCCGAAAUAAUUAAUUGUGUUUUUACUCAAAUUCAUGAAAAUAUCAAAAUUGAUGAAUUAAUUUCAUUUUUUAGUGAACUAUUUCAAUCUGGUUUAACAAUUGAAAGUAGGGAACUUUUUCUAACAAAAGAAAUAACUAAGAAGAUUAGUUUAAAUACUUUAACAUUCAAAUUAAAUGAUCGAUUAGUUUGUGUGUUAUUAACAAAUAAGUUUUCCGAUUAUGCACAAUAUUUUCAUGAUAGUCAAAAUUAUACGCUGGAAAAAAGUACUGUCCCGUUUGUAAAAAAUGCAUACAAUCAAGCAGAUACGACAUAUUGGUACACGGCAGAAGAUAUCGCACAAAUAUCAUCGGAAUGGAUGAAAGAAUUUGAUAAUCUUCGAAUUACUCAACCAUUAGGUCAACAAGCUGAUCGAGAUCUCUCGAAAAUUUUAAAUGAAUAUAAACAAGAUUUGAAACCGACAAUUAUUCCAUUGGAUAUUGCUGGAAAUCAUUGGGUAACCGUAGCGGUAAUUUAUAAUCUAAACAAACAGCAACAUGUUGUAUUGUAUAAAGAUUCAUUAGGUGAAAAAAAUCUUGUUGAAGAAAGAGAAAUAGUACAAAAAAUCUUUACCGAACAAUUAAAAAAUGUCGAAUUUAAAUUUCAUCGAUCAUGCGAGCAAUCGGAUGGGUAUAAUUGUGGAGUAUUUACUCUCGCAAAUAUGAAUUAUAUGGCAAAAAACUUAUCUAAUAAGAAUCAACAAUCAUUUAUAGACAGUUUUCAAAAUGCGAACUUUAUUACACAGAAACAAGCGAAUGAAUAUCGUCGUGAGCAAUUUCCAAAGAUGUAUGCAUUGAGUUUAUUCCAAUCUUCCAAACGACAAGAAAUCGUCAAUCAUCAUUCAGUUGAAUUGAAAUUCCUAAAAACUAUCCUUGAAUUAAACUGUCCAAUAACAAUUGAUGGAACAAGUCAAUUUGAUAAUGGAUUACGUUUAUCAAUUUGUUUACCAAAAGAAGAAAAGUUAAUCAAACAAAAAGAUUAUCAAUAUUUGUACGUCAUUGAAGCAGCAGAAACAGUUUGGAAUAAUCCAAUCGAUUUUCGUAGUGAUAGUGAAUUGAACAAAAAAAUUCAAAAUUUGCUGAAAAUCAAAGAAUAUUAUACAAUAGAAAAGAAUGUCCUGAAAGUAUUAGAUCAAAAUUUAUCGAUUAUUAAUGGAGACAAAGAAAAAAAGUUAGAUUCAAAGGAAUUAUUAAUGAAAAUAUCCGAGGAGCAAAUUGAAACACUUUUAGAUCAAAUUUGUGUUGAAGUAAAUCAGUCCAAUAAACAGAUUUUACGUACAAAUUUAGGUUUAUCUAAUAAUCAAUCAGUUAAAACUGAUAAACCAAUCGAUAUAAAAGAAUAUGAAAUAGUUGAGAAAUUACAUAGAAAGUUAACAAAAGUUCUACAUUCUGGUUGGGCGUUAAAAUCAAUCAAACAAAUAAUCGAUCACAUUGAUUCAACUAACAAAAUCGAAUGUUUAUUUGAUGCCUUAGAUCCAAUCUAUGAAUAUGGUCUAAAAGAAUUUGAUAAUAAUAUAAAAGGAAAAACUUUAAUCGAUAUUUUAACAUCAUCAUCUUCAUCGCUCUUCUCCGAUAGUUUAACAAAACAAGUACAUGACUUAGCAAUAUUUCAAAUAUUCGAAGGAACUUAUGAUAAAAAUAUGCAACAAUUAAAAGAUGAGAUAUUAGAUUUAAAUCAUAAUCAAAACAUUUCUUUUUUGCAAGGUGAAAAAUUAAUCGAAGAAUAUAAAAAGGUUCAAAUUGCAUAUGCAAGUAAAUCAUCAGUAUGUUUAGAUUUUGGUUUGAUUGAAAAAUGGUCAACAUCAGACAUAAAAAACUGGAGUGAAAAGAUCCAAGCAUCAACAUCGAAUUGUGUUAGUCAAUAUGAAAAAAUUGCAGUUGUAAAAAGGGCUGUCGAAAUUACGAGUAAAUUUCCAUCACGUGAAAUUCAAUUAUUAUCUGUGUUGAUAAUGAUUAAUUCUGAAAAAGGCAAGGGACGUCUGGCACAAAUCAAUACUGGUGAAGGUAAAACAACAAUUGUUGCAAUGUUAGCGGCAAUCAAAGCUCUGGAAGGACACCAAGUAGAUAUUAUCACGAGUUCACCGGAAUUAGCCACACCACAAUCGAUUCAACAGAAAGAGUUUUAUCAACAAUUUAAUUUAACUGUAUCACAUAAUGGAAAUGAUUCGAUUGAUAUUAAAGAACGAUAUAAGGCUGAUAUUGUUUACGGUGCAGCAGGCAAUUUUCAAGGCGAUAUUUUACGUGAUGAAUACAGUAAAUUAGGCACUCGAAAUGGUCGAAAGUGUGAUGUAGCAAUUGUUGAUGAAGUUGAUUCAAUGUUAAUUGAUGGGAAAAAUCAUAUUGUGAUGUUGUCCUCACCAAUGCCGGCAAUGGAUCAUUUAGAACCACUUUUAGCAGCGAUUUGGACACAAAUUGGAGAAUUGGCCAAAUGUAUUAAAGAUAUAAAUGGUAUAAGUUAUUAUAUUCAUCAACCGGAUAUAUUCAACGAGAAUGGAACUGUCAAAUCUGAUCUAACCGAACUUCUUUCUCCGAUCAAUGGUACAAAAGAAGAUUUUAUUAAAACUUGUACGGAAAAAUAUAUAAGAAAAGUCAUUCGAGAUAUUGAACAUUUAUCGGAUGAGGAAGAUAAAAAAAUCCCUGAGAAAUAUCCCGAAAUCGAAAUUCCUAAACAUUUAAGACAAUUAGUAGUGGAAAGUCAGCUAACAAAAUGGAUUGAUAGUGCAAUUUAUGCUAAAUAUCGAUGUCAAAAUGAACAACAUUACAUUCUUAGAGAUGGAAAAAUUGCGCCAGUAGACGCCAGUAAUACAGGUAUUGUUCAGGCAAAUAUGCAUUGGAAUAAUGGAUUACAUCAAUUUCUACAAAUCAAACAUGGGGCAAAAAUAUCUGCUGAAAGUUUAACAACAAAUUUUCUUUCAAAUGUCACUUAUUUUAAACGAUAUGGUUCAAAUAUUUAUGGAUUAACCGGAACACUUGGAAGUGACAAUGCUCGGAAAUUAUUAAGUAAUAUCUAUAACGUUGAUAAUGUUAUUAUUCCACCUUUUAAAAAGAAACAAUAUCAAGAAUUAACACCGAUUAUUGUCAAUAAUGAAAAUGAAUGGUACGAGAAUAUUGUUCAAAGUUCAAUGAACAAACUCAAUAAUGGUCGAGGAGUCUUGAUAAUUACCAAAUACAUCAAAGAAGUUGAUGAAAUUAAAGACCGAUUGAUUAAGGCUGGAUAUAAUCAAUCGAAAAUCAAAACAUAUAGAACUGAACAUGAAUCGAAAACUAUUGAAGAACAAAUGACACCUGGAGAAAUAAUUAUUGCGACGAAUAUUGCUGGGAGAGGAACGGAUAUUCGUGCGAGUAAAAUUGAAAUAAAUGGUGGAUUACAUGUUUUAAUUACAUUUCUGCCACCGAAUGAACGAGUGGAACAACAAAAUGUUGGAAGAACAUCGAGAACAGGAAAUAAAGGAACUGGACAAUUUAUUUUACUACAAAAACAAGAAAAUGAUUAUCUAAAAUUAAAAGAAAUUCGAAAUCUAGAAGAAGAGAUUGGAAUACACACAGCAGAGAAAGAAAUAGAAAAAGUAACAAUAAAAGAUGCAAUAUUUGAAGAAUUUUGUAAGUUACUCACGGAGAUUGGUGGACAUUUCAUUUGGAAAAACACAGAACUGAAAAUUCAAAUCCGAGCAGUGGAAGAUAGAUUUGGUAUUUGGUUAAAACUGCAAGAGACAACAACAACGAAAGAAGAAAUGCUAGAUAGAUUUAAAAUCUUUCGACAAGAAAUAUUAACUGAUAAAGAAAAAGGCAAUUUAAUCAAAAAUCCAUAUUUUCAUGUUUUAAUUGGAAAUGAAUAUUUAAAUGGUAAAACGAACAAAAAAAGACAAGAUGCUAUUAGGGAAUUUACGAGAGCAAUAGAAUUAGAUGGACCUUUUCAAGUCAAUGCUUAUUACAAUCGUGGAUACGUACGACUUGCUAAAUAUGGAGGUAGUUGUAAAAAAUAUGAAGAAGAAAUUGAUAAAGCAGUUGAAGAUUUUAAACGAGCAAAACAAAUAAUAAAUGACAAUUUUGAACCAAUGUUACAUAUUAUUCAACAAGCAUCAAAUUCUCAAGCUUUAUCUGAACAAGUAUCACAUAAAAUGACAUUGUUUGGUAUACAAAAAAAUACAAUUGAAUCAGCUAUUGGAAUUGGAACAGAAGGAGUGAAUAAUGAAAUACAAGAAUUAAAAAAACAAAAAGAACGAACAGAUAUUAAACAAGAAGAUAAAGAUAAUAUUGAUAAACAAAUUCAAUUUUUAGAACAAAAUAGAGAAUCACAAGAACUUGGAAUUAUUGGUCAAGCAAGAAAAAAAGAUCACAAUAUUGAAAUUGAACAUAUUGAAAUUGAACAAUCAUUACCCCAAGAUCACGAUAUUACAUUUUAUAAGGAUGAAAUUGAAGAAUAUAAAAACAAUGGAUUUCGGGGAUCUUUCAAAAUAAAAGAAAUCAAACCGAUUGAUUGGAAGGCAGUUAUUGCUGUUGCCGCUCUUGGUAUAGCACAAUUAGUUGCAGGUGCAGCACUUACUGUAUUUACUCUUGGUGCUGGUGCUUCCAUUGGUAUGGGAUUAAUCACUGAAGGAGUGAGUGAUCUUAUUACAGCAGUUAAAGAUGGCAUUAUUAAUCGAGAUUUUAGUUGGGUAUCCUAUGGAAUACAAAAAGCCAUUAGUUUAACUGUAUCUCUUGUAUGUGCCGGACUAGGUGCAAUAAAAGAUGCUGCGAAAACGGCAGUUGCUGGAGUUAAAAGUAUUGGUCAAGUAAUGACAACGACAGUAAAAGUAGGAUGGAAAAUAGCGGCAAAAGCGAUUGGAGCAGGUUUAGCUAAAGGUGUAGCGAAAGAAUUAGUGACACAACUUGUGGAUUAUGGUGUCAGUAAAACUUUGAUGCCUGCUAUACAAGAUGAAGUAAUGAAACGAAUUGAACAGCCGAUACAAAACGCAUUACUAGCGAAUACUCGUGUCAAAAAAAUGCUAGAAUUAGAUGGUAUCAAUCGAAAUAGUCGUUAUGAAACUUUAAUUAAAGAUCAAGCAAUGGAAUUGUUGAAUUCACAAAAACAACAAAGUGCACUACUAACCAUAGCUGUUGGUAUCGGUAAAGGAAUAGCCACACAAAAAAUAGCAGGUCUAUCGGCCGUAUUAACCACUUAUGAAGUGACGCAAGCCUUAUCGGAAUUAGAGAGGUUUAUACCUAAUUUCAUAGAAAAAUUAAAUGAAGUUAUCGAUAAAAUAUACAAAGAACAAAAAAUUGAUGAACAACAAUCUGCAAAUCAAAAUAACUCAAAUGAAAAUCAACCACGCAAAGUAGACGCGCAAAAUAAAGAUGAUAGGAAAAAAAAGAACAAAGAAGGAACGUCUCGAAACUAUGAAUCGAACUAUACUCCAGAAGUAUCAACUACCGACAUUGAUCUUAACAAUGAUGUAGAACAACAACAAAUCCAAUUGGAAAGAAAAAGUAAAUCUUCCGAUGUGUUGUGUGGAACAUUAGCAACAAGUGUAUCUGCGAAAAUGUGUAAUAUUAUACAGAAAAAAUUAAUUACUCCUGUUACUCAGACUGGUAUCAAUUAUGGUAUGACAAAAUUAACAUCAGGGUUAGAUAAAAGUCUACAAGAUCAGAUUGGAAUUUAUCAGGCGGAAAGAAGAACCGAAUUUUUUCAAGAUCUAGAUAAAAAUAAUCGGAUAGGAAAAGAGUAUAAGAAAGGGAUAGCGGACGAAACUGCAGUAGCCAAGGCGGAUGAAAUGAUAGAUCAAUUGAAAAAUGGGGGAGAGGCUGGAUUACCGCAUUUAGGACCCUUAAGCGAUGCAGCAGGAAGACGAAUAAAAGUGUUAGAUGAAAACGGACAACUCAUGCGCAUUAUUGGAGAAGAUAAAGGUGGUGAACCUAUCGAAGUUCAAUAUCAUAAACCAAAUGAAACUAAUCCUUCUGGACAUUGGACUUUACCCGGAGGAAAAGAACCAACUGUUGGUGAUACCGGAAAAAAUAAUUGUUUGUUUAAUGUUGUCGCGCAAGCUACAGAAAAAGAUCCCAAGCAAUUAAGAGAAGAGACCGCUGCCAGAAUGGAAAAUGAUAAGUGUAAUCUUGCAAAUCAAGCUCAUGAUAUUACACGAUUAGAGCAGGAUAAAAGGGAUGCACUAACAUUAGGAGGAUUUAAGCAUCAUCUUGGUGAAGAAAGAUCCAUGUUAGAUGAAUCUCAGGGUGUUAAACCUUAUGGGUCAAACGCAGAAGGACACCCAAAAGACCAUGUACAAGGCAACCUGACGCUUAAUGAGAUAGCUCAAAAAUCAAGACAUACAAAUUUCAUUAACGAAAAUGAUCAAAUCAAAUGUGUCAGAGAGGGCAUGAGCUACAUCCUUGGAAAUCAAAGAUUUUCGGAAGAUCGACAAUUUGUUAAAGCAGAAGUGACAUUUCCUUUAACGAAACCGGUCCUCAUAACUAUGUCCGGGAAAAAUAAGGAAACAACUUACGGCUUCGCUGGCAAUGCUACACUUGUUCUGCAUAAUAGAAAAAAUGAUCAAAAUCAACCAGAUUUAUUUGGCCCUACGCACACGCAGACAAUCUUUGGUCAUCCAGCAAGUUCUGAAAACAGUCCUCAGUAUAAACUUACAGUAACCAGAAUAAAUCCUCAAACCCACAAAAGAGAAGAAGUAACCACUACCCAUAUUCCGGAUGAACAAUGGGUGACGCCUAGAAAGUGA